CACGGCGACGUUCUACGUGACCGCGCACUACUGGGGCGCGUUCUUCGCGGCGACGUGCGGCGCGUUCGUGAGCCGCGAGCUCGGCUACGACGACUACGCGGCGUUCAGCCCCAACUUCAAGAAGCUGCCCUACAAGCACUGGGAGAUGCCCCUCUUCUUCCUCCUCGCGGCGUUCGGCGGCCUGCUCGGCGGCCUCUACGUGAAGCUCUUCACGGCGAUCGUCGGCGCGCGGCGGUCGUGCGCGGAGGCGCGCGACCGGGAACCCGCCGGCGGCGCGGCCGCGGCGGCGCGGGGCGCCGUCGAGGCCUGCGUCGGGUCGAACCUGGGCUUCUCGGCGCUCGCCGCGGGGCUGUCGGGCGUCGCGGCCGCGGGCGUCGGCGACUUCAUGCACCUGGGCACGCGCGAGGUCCUCGACGACCUCUUCAGCGACGGCCCGCUCGCGCGCGCGCGCAACGGCCACAUCCACGAGCGGUCCAAGUGGGAGGACCAGGACGGCGGCGUCGUCGGCGCGCUCGUCUACUUCGUGCUCUUCACGUUCGCGUUCUCCGCGGCGUGCGUGGGCCUGCCCGCGUCGAACGGCCUCGUGACGCCGUCGUUCGCCAUCGGCGCGGGCGUCGGCCGCCUCUACGGCGAGGUGCUGCGCUUCGCGGCCGCGGCCGCGGGCGCGGCGACGUCGCCGUUCUCGCCCGCGGGCGGCUACGCGAUCGUCGGCGCGGCCGCGUUCUCCGUGUCCGUCACGGGCAAGAUCUCCAUCGGCGUCGUCAUCUGCGAGCUCACGGGCCAGCUCUCCUACGCGAUCCCCGUGCUCUUCGCGUGCGUGCUCGGGCUGGCGGCGGGGCAGGUCGUCGAGAUCGACAUCUACUCGAUGAUCGCGCGGAUGAAGCGCCUGCCGCACUGGCCGACGCUCUCCGCGGCGGCGGACUUCGCGCUGACCGUCGACGACGUCUUCGACCGCGACGAACACCUGUCGCGGUCCGCCGUGCCCCUGCGGACGCUGACGUCCGAGGGCGGCGCGGCGAAGCUCGCGCCCGGCGCGCGGCGCCACGUGCUCGAGCGCGCGCUCCGGGCCACGACGCACGGGCUCCUGCCCGUCGUCCUCGACGGCGACAGCGAGGCCUUCGUCGGCGCCGUGCGGGCCGUCGACGUCGACGUCGCGCUCCAACUCGCGGCCGACGACGCGACCGGCGCCGCGGCGAACCGCGGCGCCGCGGCGCCGCUCCUCGACGUCCAGGCGACGUGCGACGUCGACUUCACGUGGCCGCGCGUGAGCCGCUCCGCGAGCCUCAACUACGCCUGCUUCCUCUUCGCGCUCUACCAGUGCGGCCGCGUCUACGUCGUCGACGACCGCGGCGCGCUCGUCGGCUACCUCGACUCGACGCGCGUCGAGGCCGCCGUCGCGGACCGCCGCGGCCGCCGGCGCGACGGCGACGAGGCCCACGCCGCCGCGCCGCUCCCCGCGCGCGCGACGGCGGGCGGGGGCGAGCCGAAGACGCCCACGGGCGGCACGGCGAUGAUCGGCGCGACGCCGCCCAUCUACGACACCUUCGAGAGCGAGCCCGACGUCCUCGAGUGCUGGCGCUACGAGUGCUUGGCCAAGGGCUUCGGCGGCCGUUGCAACUUCUUCGACGGCGGCAAGUGGAUCGGCAACACGUGCAAGGACUUCGUCGAGGGCUCGAAGAAGCCAUCCUACCUCGACAUCCUCAACCGCGUCGUCGCGUCGUUCUCGUUCGAGGACAUCGGUUCUCUGAGCUCGCAAGUCGAGGAGGCCGCGCCGCCGGCCAUCAAGAACCUCUUCCUCUGGCUCAAGGACCAGCUCCCGUCGACGACCGAGGCGCUGCGCGCCGACAACGAGGACCUGCGGUCCAAGAACCAGGACCUGCGCGAGCGCCUCGCGGCGGCGGAGGCGAGCCUCGAGCUCGCGACGUCGUCGCUCGCCGCCAAGGCCACGAAGUUCGUCAAGAACCUCUUCUUCUUCAAGGAGUCGCCGACGGCGAAGGACGCCGCGCCGGUUCCCGAGGACAAGGACCCGCGCGCGCAGAACAAGGACCUGCGCGCCGAGAACGAGGACCUGCGCGAGCGCCUCGCGGCGGCGGAGGCGAGCCUCGAGCUCGCGACGUCGGCGGAGUCGCCCGCCAAGGCCUUGGUCAAGAGCCUCUUCUUCAAGGAGUCGUCGACGGCCGCAUCCAAGAGCGAGGAGCUCCUGCGCGAGCAGCUCGCGGCAGCGGAGUCGCGCGCGGCGGCGGCUGAAGCGGGCCUCGCGGCGUCGACGACCCAAGUCAAGGAGUCCGCGCUGGAGAACAAGGACCUGCGCGAGCAGCUCGCGGCGGCGGA